UUUUUUUAAAAAAUCUUCAAAGUUAUAAAACGUCAAAGCUGAACAAAAAAGUAUGAUGCGCAACAAAGAAAAUGUAAUCAGAGAAUUUCACUUUCUAGUUUAGCUUCAUAUAUUGAGGUAGAGUUAAAAAUCAGUUUAAAACAAAAUUGCUCUUUACUAUCUAGUUAGAACAUAGUUUGUAUUAGUCAGUAUGGAGGACCAAAUUCCUGUAGUCACCAACUGGGGAGAUACAUUACCACCACCAAGUCAAUAUUGUCAAUAUGGCAACACAGCCUGGUGCAACGAAUGGAAUAAUGUGCGCCAUAUUAACACAUGGUAUGAUGCACAGUCAACAGUUCCCAUGAUGCAUGUAGAUUAUACGUUAGGACAUGGACAUUACAACCAAGAGGUCGACCUGGUGAUGGAUAUCCCAAGAAUGGAACAAAACAACAUGGGGUUGGUACAGUCUAAUGAUCAUUAUCAACAAUGGAUGGAGAUGCAAAACAAUUGCCACUCUGCUCAUCCUGCUGACUACACUGAGGUUUCCAAUUGGCCAAUUUUUUCUCCAAAGAAAUUUUCUUUGCCACCAAGUCCAACAUGUGGAGAAAACGCUAUGCCUUAUGAGGUUUAUGACGAAGACCAUUCCCCUUUCAUUGACCACAAAAAUUUGAAUCUUUUGGCCGAUGAAGUGUUGAGCCACUCAAACAUAAAUUACACACCUAUGGUGCACAAGAAGUCAAUUGAUUGUAACCAAAUGUUGGAGUCAAUAAAUGGUGGUCACUGUGAUACUUCAGUUAGCGAUUCGAAGGUUACAACCAAACUAAAGAAGAAGAAAAAUCCUGCCGAUUCUCGCAAGAGAAUAUCAGACUUGAUCAAACAGCUAAACGAUAUGUUACCAUAUGCGAGCUGCCAUCAUCUGCGUACUCCACGAAUCACAACUCUCAAGAAGGCAGCGGAGUUUAUAGAGUUUUUACAACAAGAAAUUCAACAUUUUAAAGCACAGCUGGAAAGCAUCCAAUUAAAGCGGUCUGGUGAAGAUUCAACUAAUCAUUUGCUUGACAUGAAAUGGCCGAAAUACAAAAUGUCAUCGUUCCAAACUACCCCCUGCAGAGCAAACUUUGAAAAUGUCAUCUCGAGCCCGCAGAUUUCUGACUUUCCCAGUUCAGUAAAGGAAAAUCAUUCAUCUCCUUCUCCAGAAUAUGAUGCUGUAGCACGCAGUAGUCCGUAUAUAGCAAAUGUUGACUCACACAAAGGUGACGUGUGUCGUAAUUAUUCGAUCAAGACGGAAGAAGAAAACGGAGUUAAAAAGGCUUGUGAUUAUUUAACGCGUCUGAUGCAAUCUUGCGCACCAGGUGAAGAGAUGAACAACAUGGUGGAUAGUGAACAUGUGUGUUUACAUGAACAUAGAAAACCUGAGAGAAUAAAAAAAUCAAUGAAUGCGUUUAUGUAUUUUGCUAAGUUAAAUCGGACUAAACUUCAUAGAACUUACCGUUCGUUUAAUAAUCGUGAAAUUAGUAAAUUACUUGGGCAAGCAUGGAAGAACCUGAGUGAUAAUUAUAAAAGAGAAUACAGAGAAAUGGCUAGACAAGCAAGGGAAAUUAUCAUGUCGGAGAAUAUUCACACGUUGUGAGAAUGUCACAUUAAUUCUGUCAUAUGAUGACAUGAAAGAACAUACCAGAAAGCUUUGGAUCAACAUAAAUGGCGGCUAGUGUAAUGACAAUGUGGACAUCGAUAUAACUGACGUUGUUUUGGUUGACAAUAAUUACUUAUAUUUCGUUAGAAUGCAUCAACAGAGAAGGGAAAUUAAGAGAGCGGAAGAGUUUAGUUUUGUAGAUGCUUCCCGAGUCUAAUCCAAAUCACUUCAGUACAUUGAAUCUAAACACGAGGUUUUGCUUUCUACAUACGGAAAUGCCUUGAAAUAAAACAAACCAUUUACGAAAACUACCCUUUUGGUUGAUUUCUUCCUUGCUAUACUAACGAUAUCAAAUUUUUUGUUGAUAUUUUUUGCAUUGAUAUGAUGGAAAUUUUUAAACAGCAAUGAAACCUUAAGUCGUUGCUAAUAAGAAACCUUUCACCAAUUUAUUGUCAAGUAACAAGUUGAUAUUUAUUCCAUAUUAUUUAUUAUAUUUGAAUUUGUUCUGUUAGUAUAUGAAAAAUAAUUUUUAUUUUUUGUUCCUGUGUAAAUUUUCUAAAACGUUAUCAUAAUUGGUACUAAGUUAUUUCAUUCUAGUUCUCUACUUACAAGCAAAAAAUCCAUCCAUCUCACAGUGCUUACUCACGUUAGUUCCGUGGAAAUAUUUUAAGUAGAAAAUCGUAAUGAAAUUAUAUUUUCGAUAACAUUUCCUUUAGACUGUCAGUCAAAUUGUUUUGCUUUUCCUUUCUCUCACUUCAAUUUUGAGCAAUAAUAAUAACAAGCCUUCAAAAUGACAGUAUAAACCACGAUCACAUCUGUAUCACUUUUUUCGGGUCUAGUCAGCUUUAAUAUACCUUUCGGGAAAAAAUUAUUUGCGGAAGAAAUUUUUGCGGAAUUCAUUUUUGCGGAUAAGUGACCCAAAAAUGGCAUAUUUUGCGGAAUAAGUUUUGCGAAUAGCGACGUCAAAAGAGAGAUUGCGAAAGAAAUUUUCAGUAGAGAUGGCUACUGAUCGUGUGAUUACAGCCCCGCGGCCCUGAUGUAUCUUUGGACCAUUUUAUCUAGUCUUCCAAGAAGAAGAGGGCGUCAUUGUUUUUUUGUGGCUAGGGUAAACCUUUUUCCUUUAGACAUUGAAAGUUCUUGUCCAUACCUCUUUUGAAAUCCCCUGGCCGUGCUUUCGUUUAUUUUGGAAACUUUCGCUUGAACGCUCUCACGCAUUAAGCGGAACCAUUCUCACUCGCAUAUUUCUCAAUGUUAAAUCUAUC